CGAUAAGAAUCUAUGCCAAUCACAAACUGCCAGGCUUCGCAGAAGGAUACUGACAUCCAGCUUCAGGGGCCACACGAGGCUGCUCCGUUCUUUUCUGGCCAAGACUUGCACUAAGGUAGACAUGCAUUCUACCCAGACCAGCCACUCCCAUCCAGGCCAGCACAUCAUCUAACUCCCCCUGGGCAGUCACAGUCAAUGGGAGACCAACCAUGUGCUGAUAGCACCAAAGGGGUAACCAGCAGAGAGGUGAUGCCCCAAUCCCCCUGUAGAUGUUGUAAAGGAAGGGACCGCCAAGGGAGGGAGAAAUUGCCAGAGUGAUGCCAGACAGGAGGCGGCAGAGACAGCAGCGAGUUCGUCAUGAUGCUGGAGGCACCCAGAAUCCAGUGGGGGCAAGCAACAGAGAAGCCAGAGCCAGAGAAACAUGCUUCUGGUAGGCCUCCUAGACAAGCUGCUUCAGGUGUGGCAUAUGCUGAACCAAAGGAAUAUGAAUCAGUUACAGUUAUGCCUGACAAGGAGGUAGCAGAGCCUCAAAAAUAUCACCGUCCUGGAGUGCUGAGUAAUUGGUCUCGCUAUGAAGAAAUUUCUACUGAUGAUAUUGAAGAAGGUGAAGAUUAUCUUCUAGGGGAGGACUUUUCUCAAGUGUUGGAACAACAAGCUAAUUCAGGAGGAGGAUAUCUGCAGUUGAAGGGAGAAUCUAAUUGGGAGGAGAAUGAAUCAAGUAUCCUUGCAUCACAUGGCUUAGGAGUGUUGCACAUUGCAGAUUUGGUAUCUGCCAUUAAUACCCUACCACUUUAUACUCAACUUAAUAUGCCUGAGGAAUCACUUCCAGAAUCUAUCUUGGAAUAUUAUACACAUCUAGCUGAAGAUAACAAGAAACUUUAUCAUCCAAAUAGCAAGAAUUAUAAUGAGUGCCUUGAUGUAAAUCAGAAAAUCAUUCAAAGUUUAAAAAUCAGUGACAAUGAACCUCUGGAUCUUGCAAGUGAGGAACCAGACACUAAUCAUGCCACAAGGAGUGCUGUGGAUGUUGCUAUGUCAUUAUCCAAAGACUUUGACCAAGUGCCUGAGGAUGUUGAUCUUUCAACGUUUAUACAAGAACCAAUAGUAGAGAGGCAACCUAGUCCUGUAAAGCAGCCAAGUCCUGUGAGACAAUCUAGUCCACAAAAGAUACUCAGUCCAGUGAAGCAGCCUUAUGUCAAAGAGCCCAGUCCAGUGAAGCAACCUUAUGUCAAAGAGCCCAGUCCAGUGAAGCAGCCUGCUAUUAAAGAGCCUAGUCCAGUGAAGCAGCCUGCUAUUAAAGAGCCUAGUCCAGUGAAGCAGCUUGCUAUUAAAGAGCCUAGUCCAGUGAAGCAGCCUGCUAUUAAAGAGCCUAGUCCAAUGAAGCAGCCUUGUGUCAAAGAGCCUAGUCCAGUUAACCAGCCAUGUAUCAAAGAGCCCAGUCCAGUGAAGCAACCUUGUGUCAAAGAGCCCAGUCCAGUGAAGCAGCCUGCUGUUAAAGAGCCUAGUCCAGUUAAUCAGCUGAGUGUCAAAGAGCCCAGUCCAAUUAAUCAGCCAUGUGUCAAAGAGCCCAGUCCAGCAAAGCAGCCUGCUGUUGAACGUGUAGUUGAAAAGAGUCUUCCACAAAGAAGAAAAGGAAAGAAACAGCCAAUGACUGAGCCAGAAAAUAAGUCAAGGACUCAAAGCAAAGACAAAGGCUCCACACAGUUUGAUUUUGGUCUUCCAAAGAAAAGCUUGAAAAUUACUAACAAACCAAAUGAAUCUGAUGUAUCUAAAGUGAAGACUUCUUCCACUCCACUUGACGUGAAGGACAUCCUUAAUGUAAAUGUAGAUGGUUCAUCAGCACAGGAUGAAGAUAAUAAGGGCCCAACAGUAGAUUUGGAUGCUCCAGAAGAAAAGAGCAAACCUGUUUUAUUGGUCAGUGAAACUGAGGCAGAGAACUUGGAAGAUUGGUUAGACUCAAUGCUGGAUGAUUAGGGAUCAAAUAUAUUUUUCUAAGAUUCUGAUUUUCAUGAUUCUUAUUACACUGUGAAUUAGAGAAGAAAGAAUAUGAGAUUAUAUAAUCCAUGGAACGUGAUCUUAGAAUCUCUCAAAGACAAAGCUCUUGAUGUUCAUUAUUGGAAAUUUCUUUUAAUAUUUCUUAAUAUAGACAGGAUGAUUCAAACUUGUGUGUGACUGAAACUGGUUUUAUGAUACCAUACUUUACUUUAUAACCAAAAUGCAUGUAAACAAAGGAAACUGAGUAUCAACAUGAAUGAAAAGUAGUUAUUGGUAAACUUUACUCCUUUUAUCCAGAUGAGGCACUCACUUGUCUCAGUAUAUUGUGACAAAAUGAAAGUGAUGGAAGGGAAAAGGAGAGAAAGGAGAUGGAGUUACAAGAAUGAAUUGGGGAGGGAAGGGCUGGAUGAUUUAUCAACAGUAUACAGAUGUUUACUUUGCCAUUAGCCUCUUAUAACUAAUAGCUAGUAUAUAAAAUGUAAUAAACAAAAAUCACUAGCUAGUGGAAAGUUGAGUAUUAAAACAUGAAAACUUUUAUCAUUACUUGACAGUUUACCAUGUGUUUGCUGCUCCCGUUUUAUUUCCUUCUGUCACGUUAGUGAAGAGAAAUGCCAAUGCAAAUUGUUAUCUACAGUCUUUACAAGUGUAUUUGAUCAGUGAAUGAAGGAACUUUUGAAAUCACAUUUUCAACAGGCUAAACUCAUCUGAUUGGCCAUCAGUGAAUGAGUUAUGUACUUACACUCAUUCAUUUGUACCUUAUAGUAAUCUUCAUAUGGAAUGAAGAGGGUGUCUCCCUAAGAAGGUAAACGUUCGUUAUUUCUAACUUAUCAGUAUGUACAUGUAUCUCAUUUUUGCUAUCUUGUUUGUUGUCAGAACACAUGACAUGUGAGUUUAUAUCCAUGCUCAGCUUUCAUAAUGUUUUGCAUUACAGUAGGUAUUUUUCACACUAGUCUCCCGUGUGCUGCCAAGGUAUAAAUGGCAUAAUGCCAUAAUGGAUGGAUAGCAUGCUUGUUGAGGUUUACAAGAGGGAUUUGUCAUCAUUGUUAUGCUAUGAAAAUAUAUUUGUAGCAUAUUUACAAGAAGCUUUAGAGAUACGAAAAAAAAGUUAAAAAAAAAAAAAAAAAAAAAAAAAAGGCCUGAGCAUACUUUGCCACCAUCCUAUUAAAGAGUAGGUGUUUUCUGUUUGCAAAUAAAAUGUAAAAAGAUUAAGUGAAAUAUUGGAGACUGAAUUUGCACUAUAAGGUUUGAAUUAAAGCCCAUGUACUGGUAACUUAUAAGUAAGAGGAAGAAUAAUUACCAUUUGUGGUAUGUACAUCAGUUUUUUCUCAUGCAGGGAUGAAGAUGAUAGUGAAUGUGCAAGUUUUCUGUUGCUUCCUUUAUGAAAUAAAAUACUGAUAUUGCUGA